ACAAACACAAAAUUUAUUUUGUCAAAGUGUACUCAAUAUAAAGUAGAAAAACAAACCAUUAUAUACAAAAGAACAGUAAAAAAUGACCACUUUCGAAUCGCCGAUACCAUUGUCCGAUAUAGAAUCCGUGUUAGCGUGGGUCGACACGUUCAAACUGUCCAGAACUAAUAAAAAAAUUAACAGAGACUUCUCUGACGCUGUUAUGCUGGCGGAAAUCUUGAGUGUCCAUUAUCCAAAAUUGGUUGAAAUGCACAACUAUCCACCCAGGAACAGUCACGCGUUGAAACUGAACAACUGGAUGACUCUAAACCGGAAGGUAUUGAAAAAAUUAAAACUGAACCUUUGCUGCAACACAAUGGACCAGUUGGCGAAUAGUGUACCAGGUGUUAUCGAAAGAGUUCUUGUCAUGGUCCGUGAUAAAAUUCGUCGAGACGAAGACGCCAAUAAGAGUAUUAAGGAUGCCGAGCAGAACAUGUCAAGUGGUGGCAGUUAUUACGAGGCCUGUAGUGAUGAUGAACACAUUCUGAUGGUUCCAGUCAAAACUAGAAUUAACGGUGUACUGGAAACGGUUCAACAGAAAGUUGUGAGCUAUGAUUCAUAUCUGGCUUUGAAAGAAGAGCUCAAGGACGCAAAAGAUUCUGUGGACGUACUCAAACAAAAGGUCGAACAUUUAGAUAAUUUGAUGAAACUAAAAGAAGAAAGAAUAGAUGAAUUACAAAAGCAGCUUGAUAGAAAACAAGCAAGACGCAAAGAAGUUGAAGCAAUUCAGAACAGUCUUGCUGUACCUUUUGAAACCGUACUUUCUCCUACAAUAAAUGGAAUUUCAGCAAACGGUCCAAUUUUGGUAAAAACUAUUGAAUCAAACCCAAAAAUAGCAAAAGAAGAGUCUAAAAUACCCAUUCUAAGGACAGAAUCUCUAAAGUCCUUCUCAAAACCUAGCAUUACUGAAGUAUCAGUUAUUGAAAUAAAAAAACAAGACGAUGUUUUGGAAAGAAUUAAAUCAGAUGUUUUUAAAGAGGUUGAAAUAAUACAAGAAACAAUAUGUGGACUUCAAGAUGUCGAAGAGUUUAAAGAUACUGAACAAGAAGCUAUUGUCACUAUAGAGGAUACUAUCCAAAAGGAAGUCCGGGAAAUUAGCAGUCACAUGGGUAAUGUCCAGGACAACAACUAGGCUAUCAAAUUAUAUGAUAGUUACGGCUAUAUUAUUUUCUUCCCGUAUAGGAAAGGUACGGUACGGUACGGUACCUAGAUAUAGAAUGAAUACCAUGUUGUGAUAAAUUUUGAUGUUUUAUAAAUUUUCUAGUUAAUUGUCAUUGUUAAUUAGGAUUAUAGUCAUUAU